GGAAGCCGCGCACCAUGCCUGCCUCGGGCCCCGAGCUCCCGCCGGCCUGCGCGCCGCACGGGGAGCUGCAGUACCUGCGGCAGGUGGAGCGCAUCCUGCGUGGCGGCUUCCGCAAGGACGACCGCACGGGCACCGGCACGCUGUCGCUGUUCGGCAUGCAGGCGCGCUACAGCCUGCGAGAUGAAUUUCCCCUGCUGACCACCAAGCGUGUGUUCUGGAAGGGUGUUCUGGAAGAGCUGCUGUGGUUUAUCAAGGGAUCUACAAAUGCCAAGGAGCUGUCAUCCAAAGGAGUAAAGAUCUGGGAUGCCAAUGGGUCCCGGGAUUUCCUGGACAGCCUGGGGUUUUCUAGCCGCCAGGAAGGGGACCUGGGCCCCGUCUAUGGCUUCCAGUGGAGGCAUUUCGGGGCUGAUUACAAAGAUAUGGACUCAGAUUACUCGGGUCAAGGAGUUGACCAGCUGCAGAAUGUGAUCAACACCAUCAAAACCAACCCUGACGACAGAAGGAUCAUCAUGUGUGCCUGGAACCCGAAAGAUCUCCCUCUGAUGGCGCUGCCUCCCUGCCACGCCCUGUGCCAGUUCUACGUGGUGAAUGGGGAGCUGUCCUGCCAGCUGUACCAGCGGUCAGGGGACAUGGGCCUGGGCGUGCCCUUCAACAUCGCCAGCUAUGCGCUGCUCACCUACAUGGUCGCGCACGUCACGGGCCUGAAGCCAGGAGACUUCGUGCACACUUUGGGAGAUGCACAUAUCUACCUGAAUCACAUCGAGCCGCUGAAGACUCAGCUUCAGCGAGAACCAAGGCCUUUCCCAAAGCUCAAAAUCCUUCGAAAAGUUGAGACAAUCGAUGACUUCACAGCUGAAGACUUCCAGCUGGAAGGGUACAAUCCCCACCCCGCCAUUAAGAUGGAGAUGGCUGUGUAGGAUGCGUCCCACGGCGCUAGGGGAAGGAAGGGCCCUGUUCAGAGCU